CUAGCACAGUGCAUGUUGCUUCUCAAGCUUGGGCUGCCAUUCGCCCGGAUUUUCCUGGACAUGACUGGGAAUGGGAUUUCAAUGGCAGAAUUGACAUCCAGGGGGAAUUUCCCAAAGGCGGCACUUUGUCCUUUGCAGCCUGACUUAGGACAGUGCAUGUUGCUUCUUGAGCAAAGCGGUGGCACAGAGGUGAUGCACUUGAACUGGAAUAGUACUGUGCUGUCAGUCUUCUCUCCCUAGAUUUUCUGAUGUCCUCUCCCAGCGCCUCCUUGCUUCUCAUCCUCUUCUGCAGGGAUUAUCUUGGGACAAUGCACCAGAGGUCUCUCUACCAGGGUCCCCCCAUGCACGGCAUGGCUGGUUAUGACACCCGUGGACCGCCACCCCGUGUAACAAGUGGCGGACCAGUGAGAGAACACAGUCAAGUGCCCUUGGUGGAUGUCCAAGGUGGAAGAGGCAUGGAUGGCAGGGGCAUCAUAUAUCAAGGCAUGGAGCGCAGAGAGAUGGAAGAGAAGGACAUGGAGCCCACUAGAGGCAGGGAGCCCGGACGCAUGGAAUAUCAAGGCAUGGAGCGCAGAGAGAGGGACGUGGUGCCCACUAGCGGCAGGGGAGAGAUGGGAGAGAGGGACAUGGUGCCCACUAGAGGCAGGGAGCCCAGACGCAUGGAAUAUCAAGGCAUGGAGCGCAGAGAGAGGGAUGUGGCGCCCACUAGAGGCAGGGGAGAGAUGGGAGAGAGGGACAUGGUGCCCACUAGAGGCAGGGAGCCCAGACGCAUGGAAUAUCAAGGCAUGGAGCGCAGAGAGAGGGACGUGGUGCCCACUAGAGGCAGGGGAGAGAUGGGAGAGAGGGACAUGGUGCCCACUAGAGGCAGGGAGCCCAGACGCAUGGAAUAUCAAGGCAUGGAGCGCAGAGAGAGGGACGUGGCGCCCACUAGAGGCAGGGGAGAGAUGGGAGAGAGGGACAUGGUGCCCACUAGAGGUGGGGAGCCCGGACGCAUGGAAUAUCAAGGCAUGGAGCGCAGAGAGAGGGACGUGGCGCCCACUAGCGGCAGGGGAGAGAUGGGAGAGAGGGACAUGGUGCCCACUAGAGGUGGGGAGCCCAAACGCAUGAAAUAUCAAGUCAUGGAGUGCAGAGUGAGGGACAGGGCGCCCACUAGAGCCAUAAGGCCCAGAGGAAUGGGAUAUCAAGGGAUGGAGUCCAAAGGGAUGGAAUACGUGGUCAAGGUGCUCCCUAGAGGCACAGAGCCACCUAGAGGCAUGAACUCUCAAGGCACACAGCCUCAUGGAAUAGAUCCCAGAGCCAUGAAUCAUCAAGGCAUGGAGCCCAGAUGGAAGGAAUACAUGGUCAAGGUGCUCCCUAUAGGCAUCGUGCCACCCAGAGCCAUGAAUUAUCAAGGCACGGGGGCCAGAAGGAUGGAAUUCUUGGUCAUGGUGCUCCCUAGAGGCACGGAGCCACCUAGAGUCAUGAACUCUCAAGGCACACAGCCUCAUGGAAUAGCUCCCAGAGCCAUAGAGCCUCCCCAGGGCAUGGAACCCAAAGGCUUGGAGCCAACGACUGGAGAAAUUCAAGGUCCUGAACCUUUGAGCAAGGCAGCAACUGAUCUGCAGGAACCUGAACAGGUGGUCAGCAUGCCUAUAGCAGCAGCAGAACAAGAUGUAGACAUGCAAGAAGCAUGCGAGCAAGCAGCCAGCCAACCUGAGGGCUUCAGUCCUGGCCAAGAUGAAGAAGAACACCUGGAUAAAGAUGACGCCGAAUGCAUUGAAGAAUUCCUCAAUAUGACGGACGAAGAGUUGGCUGAUUUUCAUUCAGAGGAAUGGCUGAACAAUUUCGAAAUGAAAGACGAUACACUGAAUGACUCCGACAACGCCAUGGGGUAAGAGGGGAGCUGGGCACUACAAAACAUGCUAAGACCGUGCCAAGCCCAGCUUGGAUGGCACUUGCUUCACAGUCUCACCCAGUCGAUCAUCUCAUUAGCAAAGGCUGUGCUAGUUAAUGUACUCCCAUUACCUUCUUUUUCCAAUGAACAAUCAGUUAUACUAAAGGGCAGAAUCCAGCACUUAUUUCUCCUGUUCAAACCCCCUUGAAAUGAAGGUAGGUGUACAAACACCCCCAUGCCCUCAUCUUCAGCUGACCAUUUCAGGGUCUUGGAACAUUGCACCUUUGGGGGAAAAGGUUGUGCCCACAGUCCCA